GUCGCAGCUGGACCACCAGCGCUCCCUGUACGAGGUGGGGCUGGCGGAGCUGACGGAGGAGCACUCGAAGGCGCUGCAGCGCGAGCACGCCAAGAUCCAGGAGGAGCAGGCCCUCCGCGGGCGCCUGGAGGCCAGGGCGGCAGAGGCGGAAGGGCGCCGGAGGGGCCUCGAGAAGCAGCUCGCCGCUUCGCAGAAGUCCCGCGCGGAGGUGGAGGAACGGCUGGCCUUCCUGAAGGAAUUGAACCAGUCCUUGCUCGCCAACCGCCGCGACAUCGACGCCCGAGCGGACGGGGGAGGCCAGGGCAGCACCGGGGGCGCGGUCGACGCUGAGAACGACCCGCUCUUGUGCAG